AGAUUUGUUCCCACAAGCGAAAAGUCUCUCGCACACUCGUUUCUUCACCCCAUUUCUUUUAUAAUUAAUUCAGACUUCACUCCUCCGACCUUCUCCGUCGUUGUCGGUGAGUUCUUCAGCCAGCGCAUACCAGUCCACACAAACCAACAACAACAAAAAGGAAAAUGUCGCAUCUUCCGACCAAGUGGGCAGAGCGUCAUGACCGCCUCUUCAUCACCGUGGAGGCGAGCAGCGCCACCGACGUGCAGGUGACCUUCACCGACAAGUCCAUCGCCAUCUCCGGCAAGGGCAUCACCGCGAAGAGCAGCGAGGCACACGAGCUGAAGGACGAGCUGCACCUGCUGAAGGAGAUUGUGCCAGCUGACUCCACCUACAAGGUCCUCGGCGUCGCGAUCCAGAUAUGCGCCAUAAAGAAGGAGGAGGGCUACUGGAACCGGCUGGUCGAUGAACCGACCAAGGCGACCAAGGCGUGGCUCUCUGCGGACUGGAACCUGUGGAAGGACGAGGACGACGAGGUGGACGAGAACGCCGCCGCGGCGAACUUCGGCGGCUACGGGGACAUGGGCGGCAUGGACAUGGGAGGCAUGGGAGGCAUGGGCGGCAUGGACAUGGCCUCCAUGAUGAGCGCCAUGGGUGGUGCUGGCGGUAUGGGUGGAAUGGGAGGUAUGGGUGGUAUGGAAGGCAUGGAGGGCGACUCUGACGAUGAAGAGCCGGCAGAGGAGGAGGACGAAGAGGGUGGCGAGGGUGAGAAACCGGCGGCCGACCUGAGUGACCUCAACGCAUAA